AGUCUCUAAAACUGAUUUUCUUUUCGUCAGGUUCCUUUUGUGUGCCUCGGGGGAGUCAGUGAAAGUGUACAGUUCCAGCUCAGAGGAAUGCAUCCAUGAUUUGCAGGGACACACAGACCUGGUGUCGGGCAUUGUCCGCAACCCUUCAAACCACCUGCAGGUUUGUAAAUACAGUAGCUACCAGUUUGUGGGCCCGAUAUGUGAAAACUUUCCAUACUGGGCGUUACAGGAAAGCCCUAUACAAAACGUCACCAUAGACUUUAACUAACCCGUUCUUGGCGAUACUUUUUUCACCGACUCAAGAACGAAGAAAGUAUCUUAGAAAUGUCUGUGUCCAGUUGCAGGUGGUUUACAAAAAACAGCGAAAACGCAAAGAUAUUAAAUCCUUGUUUUGUACCGAGUGAGAAAUGCCUCUUGCAUGUGUGUAGAUCUUUGUUUUGGUCGCACAGUGUGACGCGCUGUCAUCUACUUCUACACGCAUAGUUCCUGCAAAGAUGUUGUGAAAUGCAAGAUGUCUGGCAGCUAAAAUGCAGAGGGAACGCCUCACUUGGUGCAAAACAUAGAUUUAAUAUCUUUCUGAGUUUCCGCAGGUUUUUGUAGAAUGACCUGCAACUGACACACACAUUUCUAAGAUACUUUUUUCACAGAAUGGAGAACAAAGAAAGUAUCACUAAGAAUAGGUAUUAUUAUUAUUAUAAAAUAGGUAGGUUGAAGAAUCUAUGGCAGCGUUUUGUAUAGGGCUUUCCUGUAACACCCAGUAUGGAAACAUAGUUAUCACAUAUCUGGUAGCUAUAAAGACAGUAGCUACAUACAGUACCAGUCAAGUUUGGACACACCUACUCAUUCAAGGGUUUUCUUUAUUUUUACUAUUUUCUACAUUGUAGAAUAAAAGUGAAGACAUCAAAACUAUGAAAUAACACAUAUGGAAUCAUGUAGUAACCAAAAAUGUGUUUAUAUUUGAGAUUCUUCAAAGUUGCCACCCUUUGCCUUGAAGACAGCUUUGCACACUCUUGGCAUUCUCUCAACCAGCUUUAUGAGGAAUGCUUUUCCAACAGUCUUGAAGGAGUUGCUGAGCACUUGUAGGCUGCUUUUCCUUCACUCUGCUGUCCAACUCAUCCCAAACCAUCUCAAUUGGGUUGAGGUCGGGUGAUUGUGGAGCCAGGUAGCUUAGUGGGUAAGAGCGUUGUGGCAGUAACCGAAAGGUCGCUGGUUCUAAUCCCAGAGCCGACUAAGUGAAAAAUCUGUCUGUGCCCUUAAGCAAGGCACUUAACCCUAAUUGUUCCUGUAAGUCGCUCUGGAUAAGAGCGUCUGCUAAAUGACUUAAAUGUAAAUCUGAUGCAGCACUUCAUCACUCUCCUUCUUGGUCUUACACAGCCUGGAGGUGUGUUUUGUGUCAUUGUCCUGUUGAAAAACAAAUGAUAGUCCCACUAAGCGCAAACCAGAUAGGAUGGCGUAUCGCUGCAGAAUGCUGUGGUAGACAUGCUGGUUAAGUGUGCCUUGAAUUCUAAAUAAAUCACAGACAGUAUCACCAGCAAAGCACCCCCACACCAUAACACCACCUCCUCCAUGCUUUACGGUGGGAACUACACAUGCGGAGAUCAUCCGUUCACCCACACCGCGUCUCACAAAGACACAGCGGUUUGAACCAAAAAUCUGUUGUUUCUUGGCCCAGGCAGGUCUCUUCUUAUUAUUAUUGGUGUCCUUUAGUAGUGGUUUCUUUGCAGCAAUUCGACCAUGAAGGCCUGAUUCACACAGUCCCCUCUGAACAGUUAAUGUUGAGAUGUCUGUUACUUGAACUCUGAAGCAUUUAUUUGGGCUGCAAUUUUUGAGGCUGGUAACUCUAAUGAACUUAUCCUCUGCAGCAGAGGUAACUCUGGGUCUUCCAUUCCUAUGGCGGUCCUCAUGAGAGCACACAAUUUUGGUUACUACAUGAUUCCAUUUGUGUUCUUUUCAUAGUUUUGAUGUCUUCACUAUUAUUCUACAAUGUAGAAAAUAGUAAAAAUAAAGAAUAAUCCUUGAACGAGUAGGUGUGCCCAAACUUUUCACUGUUACUGUACGUGUCUGCAAUCAGCAACUUGUUUGUCUAAAGAAUAGUUUGUUGUUGCUUCUAUGGUUUGGUGUCUCUGAGGAAUGUUUGUUCAUUGCAAUGUUUUGAGUGUAGACUUGUUUCACUCUCCUGCAGGUAUACUCUUGCUCAACAGAUGGCACUGUCCGAUUGUGGGACUUCACAGAUGGCAUCCUCAUCAAGGUACAGCCACAGCCGCACUCUUCGAAGUCAUUUGCCAUCGCUGCGUCCUUUUUGCUUCAUGUAUUUAUAAAUCACUUUACUAUAAUACUUUUCAGACCUUCAUUAUUGGGUACCCCAUCUACUCCAUAUACGUCUCUGAAAAACAUGGAGGAGUUGUGUUUGUCGUCAUCCCAAUGGCAAAUGACAAAAGCUCUGGUAAGUACAAAUCAGAGGUUGGCAUUUGCUCAUCAAUUGUCCUUAAGCCUAUAUAGGGCCUUUUUGCAGUCAGAGUAAAAGUGUUCUUUCAAGUCACAAGUGAUUUUAUUUUGUAAUUUGUCAACAUAAUAGUGCAGAAUUUUGAGGAGGGUGACCUCUGACAGUGAUGUGGUAUGUGUGUGUGUCUUCAGAGCUGUUCCAGCUGGUGGCUGUUCAUCUGCCCCGAAGUGUGGACCAGGAAGUGGAGGCGCGAGAGCUCUCGGCCGUGCUCUAUGAUGUCAGCCCCUACCCUGGGGCUGCCUCCUUUGGCAGAGAGGUACGUGUAGUAGGCCUACCAGGGACUUCAGUAGCAAACAAGUCUCUGGCAGUAAACGACUUACGCUUGGGUCACUUGUCAUAGUUUGCCCAUUGUAUUGUUAAGCGAAAGGCAUGAGGUUUUUUAUUACCACCUCCAAUAUGGACGCCAGCUCUUCACGAAAAGCUUAUUUAUUUCUCCAAUCUAACAGGGUGAAUACAUUGCUGCUGCCAAAGGUUUACAGCUUGAGGUGUUUUUCUUCAAGAAGCAGAAGUCCUACAGGUAAACAACAUUCUGCCCCAUCAGGUGGCUGUCCCCUUCAAGGACUCUAAGCAUGAAUGUUAAUGACUGGUUUUGUCUCUCUGGCUAGUGUUUGUGCAAUACAAGUCCAAACACGCUGAACAGCAGUCUUGUUAUCUGUUGGAUGAGUGGCCUUUCUGCUUGUUUGUGGUCAGGAGUGGGGGAGUUCAGCCAGCCCUCUCAAUUGUUUUGAGCAACCCCCUCGUCUGGAAACAGGAUUCAUUACAGUAUUAUAUGGGGAUUUGACAUUGCCCAACUAACAUUACUCAUCAAAGUAAGCCUCCUGUAGCUCAGUUGGUAGAGCAUGGCGCUUGCAACGCCAGGGUUGUGGGUUCGAUUCCCACGGGGGGCCAGUAUGAAAAAUGUAUGCACUCACUAACUGUAAGUCGCUCUGGAUAAUAGCGUCUGCUAAAUGACUAAAAUGUAAAAAUGUAGCACUCAUUCAACUGUAUUGUCUGUUUCUGUGACCCACAGGUUUCUCCUGAAGUCGGGGAUUAAGAAAGGGGCCAAGAAUGAAUUCACCUGUGUCUCGUGCCACCCUAAAGAGGACUGUAUCGCCACAGGUCACGCGGACGGCAAGAUUCGCCUGUGGUGAGUGAUGCCGGAAGAACAUAGAGUCCCUGACCAUACAUGGCCUCACUUAAGACCAAAUUUAGGGGAAACACUGGAUUGGCAUCACUCACAAUCAAUGUUCUUUCUCUGUCUUCAUAGGAGAAACUUCAACCAGAAGAAGGAGUACACGUACUCCACCCUGCACUGGCACCACGGGGCCGUCAACACACUGCACUUCACCCCUGAAGGUAACCUAUAACCCCUGACCCUAUAACUGUUGAAUUAUACCUAUACAAAUCUUCAUCUUUGAUCACACUACAUGGGUUGUGUAGAGAAGCAUGUCUGUUAUAUGAAAUAUAUUUUAUUUUCUCUGUUAAGCUGUGUGCACUGAACUGACAUGCAUGAUUGUUGCUGACAUGCAUGAUUGUCCAGAUGAAGGGAAUUAAAUAGUAUAUAAUGUGCACCACUGUGGCACUCAACUCAAGCAGUGGUAGCCUACUGCUGACAAAGUAAUUCAAAGCCUCUACUUUAUCACUCGGGUCAGGAUGCUACUUUCUAGUGCUACUAUAUUUGCCUUGUAAUGUUAUUAAAACAUAGUUAACCUAUUUACCUAGUUGGCUUGCCGUGUGUUCUGUAAGAUAACUAUUCCUCUUGAGUCGCAUUCAUGUUGCGAGAGCCAUAGGGAGGGAAACAUGUAUUCUGACAAGCAAUCAGUACACAUAAAUUCCUAAUUCAAAGCUGUUUUGGGAAAUGUAUUAUGAAAGCAGUUUGGACCUUUUGUUAAAAAUUGUUUUUUUUCUCCAUUGCUACCAUUUUAUUUAUUUACUCCUUCUAUGGCGCGAGUGACAUCGUUUUACAAAUGCAGUUACAACCGACGUUUCAAGCAUGGUUUAGGAGCAGCUGCGCAACAUAGCCCAAAGGGGACAAUGGCAUCUAGAAUAGAAACCCCAAAAAUCAAAGGGAACAAUUAUUUGUAAUAAAAUAUUAAUUAUGAAUAAUAACAACAACAAUUAGGAUGUUGUGUCCAAUGGGGUAAAUGCAGAUCGCAAACUCCAUGCUUCAGCCUAUGGAAAUGUUAUAGCCACUAUGCUGCAUCAGUUGGGCUACAGGUGAUCAUGCUUACUGCUAAUGGCACAUCUGAUAGACCAUGCAUAGGCAAUAUGCAUGGUCCAAUAUGUAAACAUUAUUUUAAACAUUUUUACCAAUAUGUUAUUGGGCUAAUUUCUGGAGGUGGAAAUUAUAUUUUAGAUGGUGUCAGCAUAAUUUUAUUUUUGUUUUUUAAAAGUCACCAGAACUGAGCUUCUCAGUCCUUCUAUAUAAACAUUAUCCUGAAUGAACUUCAAGCAAAACAUUAGGAAAUUUAGCUGGCUACAUUCUUUCUAUGAUAAACAUGAGAAAUCUGAUGGCAAUGCAUAGGUUUUGCAAAAAAUACCUUGCUUUUUCAUUCUAAGCUAAUUUAGUUGUGUGGCCAAGUAAUGUUGCACUUCUGUUGUUAUCGAUGAAAACAAAGCUAUUUUUUGCCGAAUGUGUUGCAUUAAUGUGAAGAAAAACUAUAGUUGCACGUCCUGAUCACUCUAUUGAAGCAAAUAAACAAAUUUGACUUUCAAUAUAAAACGCAGGUGAAAUGGUUUAAAACUGUCUGCUCUAUGCCAACUGUUUUCCUGGUUCAUGAUGUAAGCAUUCUGACCAGUGGCGUGACGGUCUUUGUCUCCACUUCUUUUCUGUAGGCACCAACCUGUUAAGCGGGGGGAUAGAAUCGGUGCUGGUCCAGUGGUGCUACACACAGGAGAACCAGAAGGACUUCCUGCCGCGCCUGGGCGCUGCAAUCACACACAUUGCUGUGUCACCUGACGGUUCAUUGUUCUGCACCUCCCACUCUGACAACAGUAAGGACUGUUACACCCUGUUACAAUAAUUUCAUGGUUAAUUCCUCCCAUCUUUCCUCCCUCGAAGUAAUCACUGAUCUGACAUGACUGGAAUGGUCACUGCUAUGUAGCGGAUUUCAUUGCUAUUAAUUUGUUAGAUCAGUGAUUACUUUAAGGAAAGAUUCUUAAAAUUGUUCAGGGUCCUCAGUCUCACACUAGAAGGGGACAGCAGAUUCCCAAGUAGCAUAUCAUAUUUUAUCUUAGCAAUGGCUGGUGCUGACAUCAUCAUGUACAGUGGGGUCCAACAUUUGCUAGAGACUGUAUAGACUAAAUCAGGGGUGUCAAACUCAUUUUAGCUCAGGGGCCACAUGGAGGAAAAUCUAUUCCCAAGUGGGCCGGACCGGAAAAAUCAUGGUGUAUAUAUAACUUAAAAACAACAACUUCAGAUUGUUUUCUUUGUUUUAAUACGAUCAACAUACAACAUAAAGCUGGAGCCUGAGGACAGUGUGUCCAAAAUAGUACAAGCACAACAUCACUAUUAAUCAUAAAACACGUCAAGUUUAUUUGAAAAUUCUAAAGAAAAAGAACACACAAACACACAAUGCCUCAGUGAUUAACAGAACUGUUUCACAGAUCACAGAACUAUAUCAGGGUGUCAUUUCUCAGGCAGAAAUGUAGAUAAAAAUAAUGAAAUCCUGUUCCCCAAACAAGUGCAAGAACCACAGAGUCAAGAAUAUGUUAAAUAUACAAAUAAAAUAAAAUCAAUUAAAAACAAUAGCACAUCAACAUAAAAACAUAUAAACAUAAAUCUGAAAGCGUUGCUCAAACUCCCGUAACAGUCCCGUUAUUUUAUCUUUGAACCGCUUCAUGUCUGCCACAUGUUGGGUCGCGCACACAUUUUUCAGACAGGGGAAGUGAGCUGCAUCACCACCGGCAAGUUGCGUCUCCCACAAUGACAGCUUCAACUUGAAAGAACGUAUGCUGUCAUAAUACUGCGUGACAACUUUGUUGCGACCUUGCAGCUGUUUGUUCAAGUUAUUCAGGUGCUCUGUAACAUCCACCAUAAAUGCAAGGUCCUGCAUCCAUUCUGCGGAAUGAAAUUCUAACACUGGUUUGCCCUUUUCUUCCAUGAACUGUUCAAUUUCUUCUCGUAAAUCAAAGAAACGCCUCAGCACAGCACCUCGGCUUAACCAUCUUACCUCAGUGUGGUAUGGCAGGCCAUAGAUGUGGUCUUUCUCUCUGAGAAGGCUGUCAAACUGACGGUGAUUCAGGCUUCUGGAUCGGAUGAAAUUAACAGUUUGGAUGACCACCUUCAUGACGUUAUCCAUCUUUAAUGACUUGCAACACAAAGCCUCCUGGUGCAAAAUACAGUGAAAAGUCAAAAAAUCACGUCCUCCAUUUGCAGAUUGCACUUUCUCUCUGAACUUUGUCACAACGCCUGCUUUUUUCCCGAUCAUUGAGGGCGCACCAUCUGUAGCCAGGCUGACAGCGCGGGACCAGUCCACUCCGACCCUGUCCAGCGCGCCGACGAGUGCGGUAAAAAUAUCAGCUGCUGUCGUUGUAUCUGUCAUCGGCACCAACUCCACGAACUCCUCGGUGACGGUCAAUGUGUCAUCAACUCCGCGGAUGAAAAUGGCCAGUUGUGCAACAUCUGUAAUGUCCGUGCUUUCAAAAAUUGCAACCGAAAACGCAAUAAAUGACUUUACUUUUUGCUUCAACUGGCUGUCCAAAUCCACUGAAAGAUCGGAAAUCCUGUCUGCAACUGUGUUUCUUGUCAGGCUGAUAUUUGCAAAAGUCUGCCGCUUUUCAGGGCACACAAUCUCCGCUGCCUUCAUCAUGCAUGUUUUUACAAAUUCACCCUCACUAAAUGGUUUUGAAGCCACUGCGAUUUCAUUAGCAAUGAGGUAGCUAGCUUUCACUGCAGCGUCACUGAUGUCUCGGCUGUGAGUAAACACAGACUGCUGUUUCUUCAGACCCGCCAACAGUUCAUUCACCUUCUCUCAUCUCCGCUGUCCUUGAAAGUUGUCAUAUUUGUCGGCAUGAAGACUCACAUAGUGGCGACGAAGGUUAUAUUCUUUCAGCACUGCAACAUGCUCUGAACACACCAAACAUACAGCUUUCCCAUUCAAUUCCGUGAAUAAAUAGGAUGACCAUUUUUCUUGGAACACUCUGCACUCUGCGUCCACUUUUCUCUUUUUUGACAGAGACAUAUUGGGGCAAUGAGGGUGCCAAAGCACAUAAUGUUAAAAGUAGAAGCCGUAAUAAAUAUCGCGGGCAAAACAAAGUAGCUCAUUGGCUGCACGUGCUUGACCUAUUUGCUCUGCCCCGGUAUAAACAGUUUGCUUGCUUAACACAAUUGCUAUUGCGCCAUCCAGUGGACGCAAUUGGAACAGCAGUUUAUUUUAUAGAAAAAUUGCAGCGCAUUUUUAUACUUUACCAAAAAAAAAAAAAAUUUUUUUUUUUUAAAUCAUCUCGCGGGCCGGAUUAAACCCGUUUGCGGGCCUGAUCCGGCCCGCGGGCCGUACGUUUGACACCCCUGGACUAAAUAAUACAUACUGAGCUAUAUUGUAUGCCUUUAUUAAAUUAUUUUAUACUAAUUCAAUUACUCAGAGAAAGAGAUUUUGUUUAACAAGUAAUAAAUACAUCUCAGAAAGAUAGGGGUCAAAAGUUUUGGAUCCCCUGUUUUCAAUAUGCCCCUUGCGAGGAUAACGACACUGAGCCUUUUCCUAAAAUGUUUAUGAGAUUGAAGAACACAUUGUAAACGCCUGGAGCAUUGGCACUUGGAUUGGAACCAGUGCUAUGGUCAGAUGACAUGAAAAUAGAGCUCUUUGGCCACGCACACUUCUGGACGGUUUUGCGUUGAAGAAAGAUGCAUAAUCAGAAAAUAACCACAUAGCUACUGUAAAAUAUGGUGUUGAAUCUUUGAUCUUAUGGUGCUGUUUUACUUCCACUGGUCCUGGGGCCCUUCUUAAAACCUUGAGACCUGCGGUCACUCCGGCGUCAUUUAGUGCCUUUAACCCCUCUUAAACAUUGCGUUUGAGCUGCAGACUUCUUUGCAUUGGAUUCGUAUAUUUCUUCUGCGUCCGCUGAUGCCAACCAUUAGUCUAUGUGAUUUAAUGGGAACUAGUGGUGUUAGUGAGACCAGGGCGGAUCACGAAAACUGUUCCUCUCACAAAAACGUCAGUAAUGUCCGAACAGUUUGAGCAACAAUGACCCCCUAUGAAAAGCUGAUACACACACGUGUAAUCUGUUUUGCUCACAAGCAACACAAGUCGUUAGAAGGUAAGGGGUUCUUCUACAUAGAUCAUAGGAAAUCCCAGGACAUAGUAAUAUAAUACUGUAAUAAAUUCACAUAGUUGUCACUGACUAGUUGGAUAUUCAUUUCCCACUGAGCAAACAAUUUCUGUACUUACAGCAUUCUUAUAAACACAUUUUCUAUCAGGUUUUUGCUUGGCGGACCUUGUUUGUUUAUUGACAUUUGUCAAAACUCAUGAAUGCAGCUGUUUAUGUCAAAUUGUUUUGUGUUCUACUUGUAGCCCUGGAUGUCCUGAAAAGUAAAUAGUAAAACAAUUAAAUGUGAGGCUAAAUAUGAGGGCAGAGCAAGCAGAUGAAUGAAAUAACAGAAUUUCUGCUUUUUCACUGGAGGAUUUCCUGGUUUCAAAUGAGUUAAGGUCCAACGGCAUCAUGACCUUUACCAAGUACCAGGACAUUUUAGCCAAAAACCAGGUUGCCUCUGCCAGGAGGCUUAUACUUGGCUACAAGUGGAUCUUCCAGCAAGACAACCACGAGCACAUCUAAAAUCCACAAAUGGUUAAUUGACCACAAAAUCAACAUUUUGCAAUGGACAUCUCAGUCUCCGGACUUGAAACCUGUGGUUUGAAUUGACGAGGGCAGUCCAUAAGAGCAGACCAAGGAUAUCAAGGAUCUGGAAAGAUUCUGAAUGGCGGAAUGGUCUAAGAUUUCCUCCCAAUGUGUUCUCCAAUCUCAUAAAACAUUUUCGAAAACGGCUGUGUCGUUAUCCUCGCAUGGGGAGGGUGCUGGAGUAUUUAUUUUAAUUUUUUAUUAUUACUUGUUAAACAAAAUCUCUUUCUCUGAGCAGUUGUAUUAGUAUAAAAUAAUAUAAUUUCCCGAUGUUUUUUUUUUUAUAGCUCAGUAUUUGUAUUAUUUAUUUAAUAGUCUUUUUGCUCCUCUUUAUCAAGGGAUCCAAUAAUUCUGGACCCCACUGUAUGUUAUUUUGUCAAACAACUGGAAGGGCUUUUGGAUGUUGUCACAGAGUUCAAUCUGUAGACCUGAUCCAUCCUCUUUAUUUUUAUUAUUUCUCUCUCUUCCCUAUCCCUCAAGAAAUCACUAUAAUCCAGAGCUGUGUUAAAGUGUCGGCCAUCAUCCAAGGGCUGGUAAAGGGCGAGGGUGUGCGGACAGACCUGACGAUCGACCCGCGUAGUAAAGCCUUGGUGCUCAACGGGAAACCAGGCCACUUGCAGUUCUACUCUCUCCAUCACGACAAGCAGCUCUACAAUGUAAGCAUGUAUUUUAUCGCCAGGAGCUGUCAAUGAAAAACACAAUACACUGUCCUUGUAAACUUGGCCCAGGGAGCUAUCUAGGAAUGUUCUUGAACUUUGAUGUCAUGUGACUCAUAGACAGAAUGACUAGAAUGGAUAUUCAAGUCAUUCUAUUUCUAUGGCCUGAGUCUUGGAGGUCUGGCUUCGCUCUUUUGUCAUGAACUCAAAAUUAGCUCUUUGAUAACUUAAUUAACUCUUAUUGACCAAUCAAGCUGAUAAAAAUGAUUUUACUAUUUCUCUUCUACCUUCAGUUGGACAUAGUACAGCAGGAGUACAUCCACGAAGAGGGUCUGGAUCAGUUUGAGGUGGUCAAGGCGGCGUUCGACACCCGCGGCGACUGGCUUGCUACGGUGGAGGAGAGGAAACAAAAAGGCUCUGAGCUGGAGAUUAAUUUGAAGCUGUGGGCGUACGAUGAGCAAACUCAGAGGUACUAUUUGUUUGCACACCAUAGCCAGAUGGUGAAGCGUGAUUCAUCACUCCAGAGAACGCGUUUCCUCUGCUCCAGAGUCCAAUGGCGGCAAGCUUUAUACCACUCCAGCCGACAUUAGGCAUGUGUACGGCUGCUCGGCCAUGGAAACCCAUUUCAUGAUGCUCCCAACAAACAGUUAUUUUGCUGACCUUGCUUCCAGAGGCAGUUUGGAACUCGGUAGUGAGUGUUGCAACUGAUGGCAGACGAUUUUUACACGCUACGCGCUUCAGCACUCGCCAGUCCCGUUCUGUGAGCUUGUGUGACCUACCACUUCGUGGCUGAGCCGUUGUUGCUCCUAGACGUUUUCCACUUCACAAUAACAGCACUUACAGUGGACCAGGGCUGAAGUUUUACGAACUGACUUGUUGGAAAGGUGGCAUCCUAUGACGGUGCCACGUUUAAAGUCACUGAGUUCUUCAGUAAGGCCAUUCUACUGCCAAUGUUUGUCUAUGGAGAUUUAAUGGCUGUGUGCUCUAUUUUAUACACCUGUCAGCAACGGGUGUGGCUGAAAUGGCCGAAUUCACUAAUUUGAAGGGGUGUCCACAUACUUAAACGUACACUAUAUAUACACAAAAAUAUGUGGUUUCCAUCUUUCACCCACUCUCCACCCUUCCCCCUCCCCCCUCUGUAGUUUUGUGCUGAACACUACAGUCACAGCCCCCCACGAGGACCGGAUUACAGCCAUGUGCUUCAGCCCCUCACCAGAGACCACCAUGCUGGUGACCAUCAGCUUCGACGGCCAUUUCAAAGCCUGGCUGCUGGCAGACCACUCGGACACCAAGGGUAAAUGGUUCUUUCUACAGCGUUUUGGUUUGGAUCACUGAGCCUGAUGGCCAGGAUUUCGCAAGAGUCUGCCUAUAAUGUUCUUUCAUUUUGGUCCUGGAGACCUGCUAGUUAUUGUUCACUGACACAUGAUUUGGCUAAUCAAGGUAUUGAUGAGCUAAAUCAGAUUGAUGCUCUAACAUUAUCCCUGGCUUUUCCUUUCUCUCUAUGCCGCUGACUACCAGCAGAGGGCGCCUCCUGGUCAUGUGACUUUGUGGGCGGGUACCACCUUCUUAAGCCUGGCUGCUGCUGCUUCUCGGCUGACGGCUCCCUAUUGGCUGUCGGUUUCCAGGAAGUGGUGACGGUAUGGAGCCCCGCCUCCUGGGAGCUGCUCACCACCCUGUCCCAGCCCCCAGGGGCCAUCAGGUCAGAGCUCACACUUACACACGUAUAAACAAACACACACACUUACAAACAACUUCACACACUGAUACAAGUAUACACAAACACGCAUUACCAUUCAAACGAACAAACAUUUCAACAACUUUCCUAACAAAAAAACGUGUAUGUUAGCAGAUAAGCCGUCUGUCAACAAACAAGAUGGCCUUUUAAACUAGCAGCUAUGACUCAUGAUAUGAACUUAGAUUCACAUUUACAUUGUUUAUUUGUGUAAAACCCUCCGUGGUAGAUAAGUCUAAUAUUUGACCUCACUGGCACAAAACAAGAGUGCACUUUAUGGCAACAGAUCGGGAACAUACAAAAAAACUAGUGAUAUUGGCCAGCCAUGUCAACUUGGGAGACAGAACCUGCUCUGCAACAUUGAGGGAGCUUGCCAAGUCAGCUCCCCCCUCCUUAGGUUAGCGAGUGCAGAAAACUAGUAUUUGGUGUUGUCUUACUCAAUUGCAUGCCAGAGCUGCCUAGCUGCUGCCUAUAAACUCGUGAUAAAUGUUAACUGUUGCAGUGCUGUGUGAUUUACCAGUCCCAAUUAAAAUGUGUUCUUUUACUUCCUCUGGACAUUUGCAUGCCCUGGUUUUAGUGCUGUUAUUCACAAUGGUCCCAAGAGUCAACUAUACAUCACUCUUAAUUAUUUUACUUCCUCCACCUAAAUGAGGAUCUAAUGUAUAGGACUAGCUCUGCCUCAUAUGUGCUCAGAGUAAUGGAGACACUUGCUGGUACAGAAAUGGCUUUGGAAGUUGAGCACUGCAGACAUCCUCUCUGCACUGUUAUUCCAGCUGCCCACAGCCCCUUCUAUAACCGCCUCCUAUGGAUUUUCUGUUUGGCGUCUACCUGUGCUCUGAACAGAAAUGAUUUCAGGUGACUAAAUUUGUUGUUGUAGCUCUGGUGUGGAAAAGCUCCUUGCCGCUAAUCCUGUGAUUGGGUUGUGGUAUGGUCAGGGGGACUUUGAAAGUAUGGUAAGAGACUGGUGACAGGGUUUGAAAGUUAACAGACUCUUUUGAUCCACCAGGGACCUUUGUUUUGGACGGUUAAGCUGUUCCAAGUACCUGUUGGGGACCAGCACCAAGAACCAACUCAGUUGCUGGAACCUCCUCACCUGCUCACGUAAGACAGACCCUCUGACACGUGUGUGUGCCUAUGUGCAACUGUCCUAUAAGCAACAUAUCCACAACCUAAAAUAAAAAAAAUCUGUUCAAUCCAUAGACCUAACUUUUCUGUUUCUACUUUUGUUUCUCUCUCUUUCCUUCUCUCUCUCAGUGGAGUGGAGUACCCCGAUGGAUGUGAGCCUGCUCCAGGCCGACCCACUGUCUGAGAACAUAGCUGCCUUCUGCAGUCAGUCUGACUGCUCUGACUGUGAGUGCUUCCAGGUUCUAGCUCCCAGCUCCAACGGGACUCUUUCUGUUUGCUUAGUUAGAUUUAGACUUGGCUGGGUCUACCAUAUGACAAGGCUAAAGUACAUAUUAUAGAAUACCUAGGGGACCCUGCCAUGCUAAACUUUGGGUCCCUGGGUUGUGCGGUAUGGCAACAUCACCUAAACAUAAAUAGGUUAUAUGGGCUUCACUCAUCAAUGCCCUCUCCUCCCACCAGUGUUUGUGUUCAAGCCCAGCGAGCCGCGGCCCCUCUACUCCCAGAGGGCCUUGUGCACGGGCCAGGUGCAGCACGCCGUCUUCGCCCCGCGUGACCAGAUGCUGGAGAGCUGCGAGGAGCGCGCUCAGUGGCUCAACAGAUCCCAGCUCUACUUCCUCACCCAACACAUGGUGAAUAUAUAAUACACAGACUGUCUCCAGACUCAAGGCUUCCUCUCCACGUCUCCUUUCCUUUGUCACCACUAAUGGAUUAAAGGACUGGACACACCACAUGUUCUGUUCCAAUUCAAACCUUGAAGAUAAGUUCCCCCAAACUACUAAAUUACAUUGAAAGUAAAGAACCCGUUCAUCUGAGGUGAUGGAGCAUGCGUGGGUUUUACUUCUUAUUCCACUGGCAGGUAACUAACCACAGAGUUCUGUCUGACAUCCUCUCUCCAUUGUAGGAUUUGAUGACAUUUAGCACCAAGACUGAGGAGGACAGACUGUUGGCAUCCAGUAAACAGGUACAAUCCCACUUUGUUACAAAGCAGUUGCAAAACAUAUUGCCAAAGUAAUCUAUUCCUGUAACACAUGUAUAGCAUUCUCUAUUUAAGUCCUGACUAUUUGUUUUUGGGGUGUUUUUCAGCUCGUGGUGGACGACAGUGUUGCUGUGACGCCGUUCUAUCUGUUGCUAGGGAAACACAGACAGCAGCAGCAGGAGAAGCAAGAAGUGCUGACCAAUCCCAUGGCAGAAAGGACUCAGCUACCACAGGGCUCCAUUGCCAUCAAGGAGGUGUGUGUGUGUGCACGAGCAUUCAUGCAAGGGUCACUGGCCAUUCAUUUGCGGACCUGCAAAUAAGCUAGUGUUUUUACGUUCUGUAGUGUUGGCCCUCAAAGUUCAUGUUUGUUUUGCUAGAAUGCUUAAAUAGUGCAUGUGCCAAGUACUUGUACACUUCCAUGUAGUGAACUACUGAAUAUACGGAGUUCACUUUAGAUGCUAGCUGAGACUAAUUGGUCUGCAAAUAUUUCUAGAUUGUAUUAGAAAGUUCAAUAAAAAUGUUAUGUACUUUUUAGAUCAGGUUCUUGAUCAUUGCCUUGAAGGGGGGGAGUGGAAGACAGUGAGCAAUAAGCAUCAGGACCUCCACAUAACUCACUCCUCUCUCCCCCUCAGCUGCUGUACACCCCAGCCCACGUCCUGCCUUCAGCCUCGUUCCUCUGCUCUAUGUUCGUCCGCUCCCUGCUCAUCUCCAGCUCUUCAGCCAGGUGAGUCCAGUAACUAGUAGUUACUUUAUUGUCCCAGACAAGAAAAUGGUUUGUGGCAUAUAGUCAAAAAAAAAAAAAGAAUAACAAAUUGUGCCAAUGUGGUGUAGCGGUCGGGGCUCCCGACUCAGGAACGCAUAUAGAUUUUGGCCACCCUCUGUCUAUUCCCCUACUAUUGAGGUCUGAAUUCUGAUUGUAAAAAAUUAUACAUUACAAUUGACAUAGAAUCACAAUAAAUAGGUUAAGCUAUAUUGGCCUGAAAACAAUUAAGGUCAAAGCAGUAUGGUGAUGAUGGCCUUACACCCUAGCAGACUCUUUCACCAGUCUUGCUCUGACACAUCAGUGCAGAUGGAGACAAGGUGAGGAAGCCACAUCAAACAAAUGAGAUUUGACCACCUGGUUUGUCUUAAUCAGAACUAAAAGGCCAGAAUUGAAUCCAGCGCAUCCGGUUCAAGAACUGGAGAUGUGCAGGCCACCACACACUGGCUGUGUCCGAAUACCCAUACUAGUGUACUACAGACUUAAACUGCAUACUAUUUACUCAUCGCUGCAUACUAUUUAGCACGUACCGUUUAGUAAAAGGUAUGCCCCGGCUGCAACACAGUAGCGGCUCCUGAUUGGCUGAGUAGGUGGGGCGGGACCGAGUGCAGAUGGAUUUUUCCAAAUUCAACAGACAUGCAUCUCAUUAACCUGCCUGAUAAUAGCACAUUUCCAACUUGAUUAAUUUCUCUAAACUCUGAAUAGAAUAGGAAUGGCAUUCUAGGCCUACUCAGGCUGGUUAUAAGCACACUAUCACAUUCAACCUAUACUGUAGUAGACCAUAUAGCCCAUCUAUCCUAUUUAAAAAGGACUGAAGACAGAAACAGAUCAUGUUGAUUCCAUUUCAACAUAUUUAUUAGCGAAACCAAAGUGCUGUAACAUACACUACCAGUCAAAAGUUUGGACACACCUACUCAUUCAAGGGUUUUUCUUUAUUUGUACAAUUUUUUACAUUGUAGAAUAAUAGUGAAGACAUCAAAACUAUUAAAUAACACAUAUGGAAUCAUGUAGUAACCAAAAAAGUGUUAAACAAAUCAAAAUAUAUUAUUCAAGUAGCUACCCUUUGCCUUGAUGACAGCUUUGCACACUCUUGGCAUUCUCUCAACCAGCUUCAUGAGGUUGUCACCUGGAAUGCAUUUCAAUUAACAGGUGUGCCUUCUUAAAAGUUAAUUUGUGGAAUUCAUUUUGAGCCAAUCAGAUGUUUUGUGACAAAGUAGGGGGGGGUAUACAGAAGGUAGCCCUAUUUGGUAAAAGACCAAGUCCAUAUUAUGGCAAGUUGAGCUCAAAUAAGCAAAGAGAAACGAGAGUCCAUCGUUACUUUAAGACAUGAAGGUCAGUCAAUAUGGAAAAUGUCAAGAACUUUGAAAGUUUCUUCAAGUGCAGUUGCAAAAACCAUCAAGCGCAGCACUAUGAUCAAACUGGCUCUCAUGAGGACCGCCACAGGAAUGGAAGACCCAGAGUUACCUCUGCUGCAGAGGAUAAGUUCAUUAGAGUUACCAGCCUCAGAAAUUGCAGCCCAAAUAAAUUCUUCACAGAGUUCAAGUAACAGACACAUCUCAACAUCAACUGUUCAGAGGAGACUGUGUGAAUCAGGCCUUCAUGGUUGAAUUGCUGCAAAGAAACCACUACUAAAGGACACCAAUAAGAAGAAGAGACCUGCUUGGGCCAAGAAACAUGAGCAAUGGACAUUAGACAGGUGGAAAUUUGUCCUUUGGUCUGGAGUACAAAUUGGAGAUUUUUGGUUCAAACAGCCGUGUCUUUGUGAGACGCGGUGUGGGUGAACAGAUGAUCUCCACAGGCUUAACCAGCAUGGCUACCACAGCAUUCUGCAGCGAUACGCCUUCCUAUCUGGUUUGCGCUUAGGGGACUAUCAUUUGUUUUUCAACAGGACAAUGACCCAACACACCUCCAGGCUGUGUAAGGGCUAUUUGACCAAGAAGGAGAGUGAUGGAGUGCUUCAUCAGAUGAUCUGGCCUCCACAAUCCCCCGACCUCAACCCAAUUGAGAUGGUUUGGGAUGAGUCAGACAGCAUAGUGAAUGAAAAACAGCCAACAAGUGCUCAGCAUAUGUGGGAACUCCUUCAAGACUGUUGGAAAAGCAUUCCAGGUGAAGCUGGUUGAGAGAAUGCCAAGAGUGUGCAAAGCUGUCAAGGCAAAGGGUAGCUAUUUGAAGAAUCUCAAAUAUAAAAUAUAUUUUGAUUUGUUUUUAACACUUUUUUGGUAACUACAUGAUUCCAUAUGUUCCAUAUUCAUAGUUUUGAUGUCUUCACUAUUAUUCUACAAUGCAAAAUAAAGAAAAACCCUUGAAUGAGUAGGUGUGUCCAAACCUUUUGACUGGUACUGUAUAUCAAUUAGAUCCAAUAGCCUAGUACACACACCAAAACUUUUCAGAUGUUCAAAUCAAAAGGCUAUUGCACAGACAAACGUGGACAGUCAGGUGCAUUACAAAUUCAGAACCGCUGGACAGCAACAUAAUAAACUAAACCACUGAUCAUUGGGAAUGAGAUCAGAAUGACUGCUAAGGCUUGAUCCAUUAAUUAAAUAGGUAGCCUAGCCUACAAAACUAAAACGAUACAUAUGUUCAAAUCAGAAUGCCUGAUUUAACAUGACAUCAGUAACGCAGUACUUGGUGCCGACACAUUCAGAAAUCAAGAUGGUUUAGUAUUUAGUUUAAAAGCUGUGACGAAGGCCAAGAGAACAAGAAACACUUUUCAGUGAAAAAAUAGAAUCACUAUAAAAAAAAAUAAUACUUGCAAUGCUCAUUUUAAGGAGCACAAAAAUGACUUAGCCUACAUUUUUUAACUCUACUGCAGAAGCUUCAGGCAUCUUCCCAUUUAAGUAGCCUAGUUUUGUUGUUUGGCUACUUGAAGAGACCUAGGGCCUAUCACUCGCAGCCCACCUCUUCCAAUGCAUUGUGGAAAAGUGUGCAUCAAAUUCUACUAGAUUAUCUGAAAUGAGUAUAACAUCCUGGCAUUUACCACUAUUCAUUGAUUUCUGUAGCACAUCCACAUAUCUAAUUGAUCAGCUGUUGUCAAAGCCUAAAUGAGUAUGACAUCCGGGCAUUUAAAGUAUAUUCGAUUUUCGAAAUGUCGAAUACUAUUAAACUUAAAUUUAAAACGGCCUACUAUUUAGGAUUCAAGUAUGGGUAUUCAGACACUGCCAUUGACUUCAUUUGGAAGGUUGUGAAGUUCAACUGUCCGCUUUUAUUGAGAGGUUGAUGUGGACUGAAUAAUGACAUAUGAAGAGGCAUGUGCAUACUGCACAGUCAUUAUUUGGAUGGUUGUCUGCACCACUCAGACUUGGCAUGAUGUCUGUGUUGACAUUGCUCAGGGUCAAGGGUCACUCAGCCAAAGGCCUACUGGGAGAUCGGAGAGAUGGCUCUAGUCUUGGCAGCGAGGCUGAAAACACUAUCAGCCUCGUUAAUCUUUGAAAUGUUUUUCAAAUCAACAAUAUGCCUUCAGAACUUUUCAAUUCCUGACUGAAAAGAUCCAAAAUAAUGUCCCAUGAUUUGUAUUCUUUGUAUUUAGGCUAGUUAUUGGAUUCCCCCAGGUUGUUGUUGUAAAUGAGUGUUCCCAGUGAACUCAUCUAAUCUUAAACAUAAAAGGUUACAUGGGUACAAAAACAAACCGUAUGGUUGGACUACUUGAGAUGGAAACAGGGGCUGAUACACCUCGGUUCAGCAAAUUCAGCAGAUAAAUUGACAAUGCUACGGAAAAUAUUUCAUUUUAUGCUGACUGUUAGGAAUAGUUGCUUAGUUGGCCUCACGACCAGGACUUUCACCACGCUUAUACAAGUGUUUUGUUGUUUUCUAAUUGCUGAAGCGAGGAAAAGGAACCUGUAGAAGAGGAAAUGGAGAGUGAGGAAGGGGACUCUGAAGGGGAAGCAGACCCCCGAGACGCCAGGCAGGAUCUGGGGGGGUCGGCAGCAUGGGGCCCAGGUGAGGAGUUGGGGGCACCAGCUCUCACGAAAGCCCAGGAGAGGGAACUGAGGAGAGUGAAAAAUGUUGACCACAGCUGGCUCAGCAACCUCCUGGAAUGUUAACCUUUACCAAGCCGAAACACACCACACACACCCUUUACCCAGUCAUAGUUUUCCUAUGGCUGUAUUUUGAU